UAUACUAUCACUAUGGAUUGGAAGGGUCUGGAAGGUCUCCUUAGUGGAGUGAAUAAGUACUCUACAGCCUUUGGCCGAAUCUGGCUGGCGCUGGUGUUUGUUUUUCGUGUCAUGAUCUUUGUGGUGGCAGCUGAGCGUGUGUGGAGCGAUGAUCAAAAGGAUUUUGACUGCAACACACUGAUGCCAGGGUGUGCCAACGUCUGCUAUAACUACACUUUCCCCAUCUCACACAUCCGCCUGUGGGCUCUACAACUCAUAUUUGUCACCUGUCCUUCUUUCAUGGUGGUGAUGCAUGUGUGGUACCGUGAGGAUCGUGAGCGCAAAUAUCGUGCCAAACAUGGCGAUGCUGUGCGUCUUUAUGAUAACCCAGGACAGAAGCAUGGCGGUCUGUGGUGGACUUACCUUCUUAGCUUGUUCUUCAAGACGAGCAUUGAGGUGCUUUUCCUUUAUCUACUGCAUUACAUUUACAAAAACUUCGAUAUGCCCCGCAAGGUGACCUGUGAUAUGUGGCCGUGCCAACACCAAGUAGACUGCUACAUUGCCCGCCCUACCGAGAAGCGGAUCUUCACAUACUUUAUGGUCGGUGCCUCAGCAGUCUGCAUUGUGCUCAACAUUUGUGAGGUUCUCUAUCUUAUUAGCAUGCGUGUGUUGCAUUGUGUGAACAAAUAG